UUGAUUUACUGGAUUGAAAACGAAGCUCUCAAAGGAGAAUAUGCUAACAAAAGAACAUUUUACAACAGUUAGUUUCUAUGGUAGGCAUAGCAUGUCAGAGCUCUGAUUGCUGAAAACUGGCAUACGUGUUUUCAUCAGUUUGAACUGUACCCUUAUUAAAUUAUUGCUUUCAGAGACGUAGGGUUUUUAAGGGUGUAAAAAGGGCUCGAUUGAAAGAAGAAAGAAUGUUCUAUCGAACGAAUCACUUGCUAUGUGCCUGGUAUUUUUCGGUUGCACAGGAGUGGGUUAAAUUUAACACAAUUCUCGACGUUCAGAUUUGCUGAUAAUCGAGAGAAAGAUCAACUUGCUGUUUAAUAAAACUAUUAGUAAGCAUAAUAUUUCAUUCUUCUCUUUUUUUGUGGCUUUGGUUUAAAUAUGGCUGGUUUACAGUGUAGUGUCAUCAAGUGGUUCAUGACAUAUCUUAACCGUUCCACAGGAUCCUUGAUGUUGCUGUAUUGAUUUUCAUUGAUUUAAACUGAAAAUAAAUACUCUCCCCUCCUUAUGUACCAUAAAAGCUACAAUCAACUUUCCAUUUUUUUAACAACCCAAUCACGACGUAUCGGACCGAGGUUUAUAUCUAGCGAAUUACUUCGCAGGUCUUCCAAAAAAAUUAUCAAUCCAAUGCGUUGAGUCAAUAAUAAAAUGAUUUCCACGUUAAUAUUCAUCUUUAGCUCCACAUAUAGAUUUAAGUCUGUUAAAAGUUUUACUUACGCAAAUAAACAAUUCCCUCUUCUGUCAAGUAAUCUGAAGAAUUGAACACUCUCUGACUACUACCAAACCCUGAAAACAAUUCCGCAAAUUUUUCACAGCCGGAUCGGACAUUCUCAUUAAAUUCAACAUUUGUGACAGUUUUUCCAGUCAACGAAAAGAUGUUUUGACAAAGUCUAUUAAUAUGUUUAUCCUGUAGCAUGUUAGAUGAAGUUAAGUGUGUGCACAAAAAAUAACUAGAUUUUCAAUGUUUUAGGUAUUUUUUUAAAGAAACAGAAUAAAUCUUUUUCAGGAAUCUAUGACAGUGGUUGCCAAUAUAACUUUUAACAUGUUAUGUCUGCCUUUGAGCACCACGUUCGUUUAUUGUUGAGUCAAAUGAAGCAGCAACGAUACCUACUGACGAAGCACUAUUUUAAAUUCCUUAGAAUUAGAAGCUUAAUAAGACAACGCUAAGUUUAGAGACAAGUGGUUAACCAGACACUUUUGCUGCGUCCUUUCGCUUCUAUAUGUGACAAAGGAUAACAAAGGAAAAGAACUAUCAAUGGUUUAGUGUUCUUUCUAGAAGAUCUGACAUAGAGUAAAUGUUUGAUAAUUUUCUGGUUAAUUUUUCAAAUAAACAGACAAAAGAAUCGAUUCAUUGAUUUUAUACAUAUAUUCCUUGAUGUUGUAGGCUUCACGUAUGCGAAACCACCUUGACAUGGUAUUUUCUUUUAAUACAUCAUUCUGUUACACAUAUGUAAUACGACAAACUUUGUCGUGACAAAUUAAUAGAUUUGCAACGCAAACAAACAUGAAAAACACAGUGUAAAAUGACUAUUUCGAAUAUUCAUUGUGAUUUGGGAAACCUUCUCAAUAGGGUGAUUUAAAUUACAGUGUUCAGAAAGUAUACAUAUAAUUUUAUUUCGCAGUUUAGAUUAUAUAGACACUAUUCUUAUCAUGGGUUGUAGAUCCUUCGUGUAGUCGUGAUAGAUAUGUACACUCUGAGUGAUAAACUAAUUUAAUCAAAACUUCUUGAUUGUAAUCAGGAAUUUUAACCUUUCUUAAGAAUAACAAAAAUUUAGCUACAUUUCUAUUCAUAUAUGUCUCCAAAUUUUAUAUCAAAAUGAAGUACAGCUUAGGCAUGUUCGCUCAGGCUAUGUCAACGUCAUAAUACACCGCUAUGGUAUGUCCAAGUUUUUUAUUAUUCAUUUGAAACCUCCAUGCAAAAUAUUUAGGUCACAUACGUCACAGAGUAUUCAGGUAAUAUUUAGAACUAGUCGAUAAAUCCGGUGGAAAAUCCACUUAGGCAGGAUUAAAUUUUAAUGACGUCACCUUAAAACCAGUCCAUUCAUUAACCCGUCUAUUCUGAAACGUAUUUAGGUACCCAGGUUUGAAAAACUAACCCAUUUGGUCCCAAGUUGUCCCUAGUUACCCACGCGGUAUAAAUUGACUGCCGUUAGCACCUCGUCUCCACUUUAUUUGGCCCCAAAGUUAUAACUGCAAUACCAUGGCUUCACCAAUGCAUUAACGUCGCGCCUUAACGUCAGAAUAAUUAACAAGUAAGACAUUUUUUUGAUUACAUCAAAGGAAUCUUCUACCAUCGCUUCAUUUCAUUGCAAGGAAUCUUUUUAGAACAUUUUGACGCAUUAUUAGCUCGCUUGAGAAAAGCGGAUUUUCCGACAAUUUUGUUAGCAUUCCAACAAAAUAUGUAAAUGUUUUACUUGGCUACAAGAAUCUGCUGCUAUUGCUACUAUCGUUUUCCUUAUCGUAAAAACUACAACUGUGCCUUCUGGAAAUAUUGUAGAAAGGCGGGAGGUAAAAAGUCACAGUCGUAUAAUGUUUUAAAACACUGGGAUCAAUGGGGUUGGCAGAUGUGAGGUCAAUUUACAACUUAAUUAAAUUACAGCUAUCCAUUACCUUAGAGUUUACACACUUCUGCAAACGCUAUUUUUUUGGACUUUGUCAAAUUACUAGUUCAUAUUUAAAAUUUAUUCUGUACAAACACAGCACUGGGGUCCAGCAAAACUUUUUUGAAACAUUGUACAAGUUUGAAGCUUGGUUAUGAUACAUUAUCUUCUUAAAAAGUUUCUUCUUAUUCUCUUAUUAUCUCCUUAGAAUGUCGGCUUAAAUAUUAUUCUCUAAAAUAAUAGUCGCCGUCUGUCUGUUUGUCUGUCUGUUACGGAAACACGAAAUGACAUCUAUAGAGGACGGGCGACCCCGUGGAUUUUUUCACGGGUUGACGACUGGUUUAUAUUAUUCUGAUUUAAAAGAGCGGGUAACACUACACGUUUUCUAUAAGCCGAUACAGAACACAACUUGACUUUUAGAAAGAAGACAUAUUUUCCUUUCUUUAUACUUUCCAUUUAAUCUAUUGAUGAUUUUAUAAUAAUAAAAGUAUUAAUUGUAACUUAUCCGGCAUUAAUGAAGAUACAAAAAACCCCUUGUUCUGCAAUGGUAAUCCAAAACCGAUAAAGUGUGUUGACAAGGUUCUAAUGACGCAGUUUCGACUCUUAAAGCGUGACGACAAAGAUAAAUGGUUGAGAUAGAAAAGAUAAAGAAUAUCCUGAUUCCAACAUUAGUACGACAAAGUUGUUCCUAAAUUCUCAGUAGAAGAGAUGGUGCUUCAAUUGUUUACAUUUGCUUGUGCGUUGGUGUUAUUGAUGAAAGGAUAUGACUGCGGAAAAUGCGCAACGUACUGGCAAACAGUAAAAACAGAUAAAGAUAGUUGUGUCGACAAAAAUAAAUCAUGCGCAACUUGGUCUAUACAAGGUGAAUGCAUAAAAAGCAAAGAUUUUAUGAUGUCGAAUUGUUGCACCGCAUGCAGCCCGUGCAGGGACGAAAGAGAUUUUUGUGACGAAUUGACAAGAAUUCCUGGACAGUGCGACUUAGAUUUCUUUAAAUUAAAUUGUCCAACAAGUUGUGGAAUAUGUACCAUGACCACAGAAAGAAAAGUGCAGAAAUGCGAAGCUUCCGUGAAAAAAUGUGAACCAAAAGCCUCACUACGUAACUCAUACAUUUCCGCCUCUUCGCAACUUCAAAAUUUUGAGGUCAACUUAGCUCGCAUCGGUGGCGGGCAUGGCUGGUGCGCUAGAGUUGACGAUACAAAACCGUUCGUGCACUUAGACUUAAGAUCUAUAAAAGAAAUAUCCGGGUUAAACAUUCAAGGAGCUCAUGCAGAACCUGCAAGUUUUGUGAAAACUUUUUUUUUGUCGUUCUCUGAAACAACAGAAACGUGGUAUUUCUAUCCCGAAAACACCAACCCACCAAAGGCGAAGCUGUUUCAUGGUAAUUCUGACCGUAAAACAAUCGUAAAAUACGACUUGGUCCCCUUCAAGGCACGUUACAUUCGAGUAUACCCACAAACAUGGCAAAAUUAUGCUUGUGUGCGAAUGGAAAUAUACAGCUGCUGAUAAGAAAGAUUAUUCAUUUGUAAUAAUUUUUAUUUACUUUGUGUAGAAACAACUUAACAAAUAAUGCUAAUUAUUUUUGAAACGGAUGCUAUUGUCGAGAAAAAAUCCUUCAGAGUUACCAUUUGGAAUUCCCUUGUAUUCGAACUCUAAAACAGCAAAAAAUAUGAUAAAUUUUUAUUAAUUUAAUACUUUUUUUCUUUUCACAAAUAUAAUCAAAACCUAAUAUCCCUGAUGAGAAUACCGUACAUAUAUUCUGAGCUACAAAAUGAAAGUAUAUAAUUUUUGAAUGCAGAUAAAUUUUCUAUAGAAGAAUGCUACUUUUGUCACAAAAUGGAUGAUAAAAUGGAAGGCCGCAAAACAGUAUCAAUAAUCUUUUUCGAUUUGCACACUCGAUUCCAAAAAGGUGCAGGCAUAUAAAGGUUAUCGCAUCAACAUCACACCAUUCUAAUCUACUCCAAUUAGUUUUGCUUUUGAAGAUGUAGUUCCGGUUUAUAUCUAAAAGUUACAUUUUGUACUUUUGCGCUGUAUCUUUUUACCUUCACAUCGAGAUAACAUUUUUAAAUAUUGUUUUUAUAAAUGUUUUAUAAAUAUGUCCAAAACAUUAAAAAUUUUAGUUUGAUCUCCAUAUUAAUAAAUGCUUGUAUCUUUUAAGUCUAAAAUGUUGAGGUGUAUUAAACAUUAUUUUUAUCUUAGAUAUCGAAAUUUAAACUUUGUAACCAAAUUAGAU